AUGAACAUAGGCUGGAUCCUCGACUCGGGCUACCUGCCGCACGCCGUGAUCCGGACGGAGCCGACACUGGCGGCGGCGGCGCUGGAACGCAAGAUGGCCUUCAUCGAGGCACUGCGGGCGGGGCCCAUGGCCGUCGAGACGGGCACGGCUAACGCGCAGCACUACGAGGUCGGCACCGGCGUGCUGGCCGCCAUGCUCGACCCGCGCAUGAAGUACAGCGGCUGCCUGUUCCCCGAGGGCCGCGAGACGCUGGCCCAGGCGGAGGCUGCCAUGCUGGCGUCGUACGUCGAGAAGGCGGCGCUCCAGGACGGCAUGAUGGCAAUGCUACCCAAGUCCAAGAUCACGGCCUUUUCGAACUCGCAGAGUCAGAAGAAGUACAUCGAUGACAGGGCCCAGGAGAAGGGCUUCACCAAUUUGACUGUCAUCACGGGCGAUAUCGUAGAUUAUGAAUUUGAGGCCAAUAGUUUCGACCGGAUAAUCUCUGUAGAGCUCUUCGAACAUAUGAAAAAUUAUGAGCUACUUAUGGCCAAAGUGGCAAGAGCCUUAAAGCCGGAUGGCAAGCUCUUCGUGCACAUCUUCUCGCACAAGACCUCGCCGUACAACUUUGAGAAUGACUGGAUAAGUACCAAUUUCUUCACUGGCGGCACUAUGCCUUCAGCAGAUCUACUAUUAUAUUUUCAGAAAGAUCUCAAAAUCGAGAGGCAAUGGUGGGUCAAUGGCAUGCAUUAUUCGAAAACUUGCGAGCACUGGCUUGCAAACAUGAUAGCCAAGAAGAUGCAGAUAUGGCCGCAUUUGGAGGAGGCGUACGGCAAGGAGAAUGCUGGGAUGUGGUAUAACAGAUGGCAGAUCUUCCACAUGGCGUGCUCGGAACUGUUUGCUUAUCAGGGCGGAGACACAUGGGGUGUUUCUCUUUAUUUGUUUGAGAAACCGAAACCGUGAUUUCUCAGACUCCCGCUUAGUGUCAGAUGUCCCAUCGUCGAAUCGCUUAAAAUACAUCAUAUGAAAUAGAUCAAGUACAGCCCC